AAAAUGAGAGAAAUAUACGGAUGACCAACGUGUACAUUUUGACGAACUUGGACCCAACGGCUCAACAAAAAAACAGUCGCUGAAGUAACAAACCGAAGAUGCUAGAUAAAUACCCCAACACCUUAAGACCCAUUUCUUCAAACCCAAGAAACGAUGGUGCUCUUGAAACCCUCUGCCUUAACAAAAUCCUCUAAGCUCGGGCCGCAACAGAAACAAGGCUUCUCCGAGUCUCUAAUCGGCGAUAGUGUGGAGGCAGCUGACGCCUUCAUAUGCCAAUGGGUUACUCCACACCUUUACGACUCUUCUUCUUCUUCAUGCAGCCUCUCUUCCCUCUUCUCCGCUCAAAACCGCCUAGAAGGCAGACGCUUCCUCGAGGUUCUCGGCAGGUUACAAUACGCCAUUCAGAGUACCGUUGCUAUGAAUCCAGACUCCGCUAAACUCGCUCAGGGGCAGGAUUUGAUGCGGAAAGCUAUGAAGCAUUUGGAGAAGGAGUUUUACCGGGUUUUGAAAUCGAAUCGCCGCUUUCUUAGUCCAGAAUCCGUCUCUGGUUGGUCAUCUGAAUCCAACACACCUUCGAGAUCAAGUGGAACCGCUUCGGAUUCUUCAUCAGAUGGAGAACAUGAUUCCGAAUCUUCUUCGGAAUUAGGUAACGACAGAGGAGGAGGAGGAGGAAAUUCUGAUGCCAUUGUGGAUUUGAAGAUGAUAGCAAAUUGCAUGAUCUCAUCUGGUUACGAGAAGGAUUGUGUUAAAAUAUACAAGAAGUUUCGAAAAAAGAUCAUCGUCGAGGCAUUGUCUCAUCUAGGGUUCGAGAAGUUAACCUCUACGCAGAUGCAGAAACUGGAAUGGGAGAUUCUGGAGAAGAAGAUCAAAAUAUGGGUGAGGGUUGCGAGAGUAGCAAUCAACACUCUGUUCAACGGCGAACGUAUCCUUUCCGAUCACAUUUUCUCCUCCGCCGUCGCUGAAUCUUGCUUCGUGGAGAUUACGCUACAGAGCGCGUUAAACCUCUUCAUCUUCUCACUAACCGUAGCUAAAUCCAGAAAAACUGCAGAGAAAAUCUUCCCCACGCUUGACGUUUACCAGACGAUCUUGCAUCUGAUUCCCAAAAUCGAUCAGAUCUUCAGCUACGAUUCAACCGCUGCCGUUAGAUUACAGGCGAAUGAAUCUCUAGAGAAACUAUCGGAAUCGGUGAAUGCGAUGAUGACGGAGUUUCAAUCGUCGAUUACGAAAGAGUCGUCGAAAUCGGCGAUAUCUGGUGGCGGAGUUCACCAGCUCACGAGGUAUGUGAUGAACUUCAUCGUCUUCCUCGCAGACUACAGCGAUUCUCUCGCUACAAUUCUCAAGGAGUCAUCGUUACCUUUACCGGAGGAUUACUUCAGCAGCAGCGGCGAAGAAAAUCCAGGAUCCGGUGGUCGGUCUCCGAUGGCGGCGAGACUCGCGUGGUUGAUUCUCGUCUUGCUCUGCAAAGUCGACGCCAAAUCUCGGCUCUACAACGACUCGGCUCUCUCGUAUCUCUUCCUCGCCAACAACCUCCAUUACGUUGUGACCAAGGUCCGUACAUCGAACCUCAGAGUCGUACUCGGAGACGAUUGGGUAGCGAAUCACGAGGUUAAAGUGAGUCAGUACCUCGAGAAAUACGAGAAAAUGGCGUGGGGAGAUGUGAUUACGUCGAUCCCCAGAGAUUCAACGGCGGAGACGGAGAGAGAGGAGUCUCUGAGACGGUUCAACGAGGCGUUCGAAGAGGCUUACAAGAAGCACAAGACUUGGGUCGUACCCGACCCGAACCUGAGAGGCGAGAUCCAAGCCUCCGUAGCGAGAAAGCUCAUGCCCGGGUAUACGGGUUUCUAUAAGAAAUACCCGGUCGGGUCAUGUGAGAUUGUCAGAUUUACCCCUGAAGAUCUUAAUAAUUACAUAACCGACCUAUAUAUUGGUUUAGAAAGAUCCGUGCCCGUAUCCAAAACUAAGAAGUAUAUGGUUAGCCAAAGCCAUUCGACGGAUUUGAAGUAAUAGCUCCAUGUCAACGAAUCAUAGCCGCCUGGUCCUAGGCU